AUGGCGGCAUUCCUGACAGUGAUCUACGAUACUCACCUGGGCGUGCAGGCAACAGAACAAGGCGGAGUUCAACGUCGGUUCCAACAAACUCCGGCUGCUGCCACUCAAGCAGCCAAUGAUGCUGAGGCGGCAAUGGCGUAUUGCCGAGAUGAAGUAUUACCGGAACUGGAUGCACUUGACCGUGACGUUGUACGACCCAUGAUUGAACUGCGUGAAAUCAUAAAGACGAUCAAUAAAACUAUGGUGAAGCGUAACCACAAGCUGAUCGACUACGACCGUCACCGUUCAGCCUUGAACAAAUUGAAAGUAAAGGAGGAGCGAAGCUUUAAUGAGGAAAAGCAGAUCUUUAAGGUCGAAACACAAUUUGAAACGGCUACCCAAGACUACGAGUACCUUAACGACAUGCUCAAGCAAGAGCUGCCGCGAUUCUUCCACAUGAAGGCCCAAUUCAUUGAGCCAGUGUUCGAAAAUUUCUAUUAUUUGCAGUGCAAGAUCUACGGCAUGAUUUAUGCACGCUGCUAUGAGCUUAUCAAUUCCAACACACAGCACUUUACCACGCACGAAAUGUCGGUUGUGGAUGGUUUCGAGUGGCGUCGAUCACAGCGCGAUAUGCGUGCCGAGGUCGAGAAUCUGGAUCUGCUGAAAUCAGGUGGCAAAGCUUGGCUAAGUGCGUCUGGCGGCAGCAACAAUUCCAAACUGUCACUCAAAGAGCGUGCUGCGAUGCGACAGCAAGAGCAGCAGCAAUAUAACAAUGACGGCGAUGGAUAUGCAUCAUCGUCUGCUCCACCGCCAGCCUACGGCGCUGCUGGCGGCACCACCAUUGAUGCCACACCCAUGGCGUAUGGUAGCAAAGAGAACACUUCGUACUCCUCUCCGUCCUACGCUAAUACUAACAACAAUAACACUUAUCACCAACGGUCGACGUCUCGUUCAGGCCCAUCUCCUCCCCCGCCGCCACCUAUUGCAAACAAAGCAAGCGCGUACGUCGUGGCACUGUAUGAUUAUGAUGCACAGGCAGACGGCGACUUGAGCUUCCGGAAAGACGACAAGAUUGAGCUGAUAGAGCGGACGGCGGAUGAGAACGACUGGUGGACUGGACGACUGCGUGGUGUUACUGGCAUCUUCCCUGGCAAUUACGUUUCUGACAUGUAA